AUGGAGGAAUCCUCGGCGGUUUCCGCGCUGGGUGGCUGCUCCCUCGCCGACCAGGAGAACCGCAGCAACAAGUACAAGAAGAACUGCGACACUGCCAAGGCCAUUUGCGGGUCCACCUGCACUCGUCUGGUGUAUGACAUGAACAACUGCGUCUCCUCGGCCAGCUGCAUCACCGCCAUGUCCACGCAUAUGUUGGGCUGUCGUCUGGCUGACCCGAAGUCCCACGGCGCCAACAUCGAGGUUGGUAAGGGGUCCUACAACUGCAACUCCGCCGGGUCGCUCUUCAACCAGCCGGCCGCCCUGGCCACCGGUGCCCUGGCCGUCCUCCUUGCCCUUGUCUCCUCCUAUGCUCUGUAA